AUGCAGGACAACGUUAAUGGCAGCAACAUCAUCCGCGAAGCCGGCCUCAACAUCGCCCCCCCCCAGCACAGGUAUGAGGAGAAGGCCUGGUCGAAGAGGAGCACCCAGGGCGUGUACGGCACUAACGGGGUUCCUCUGUCGCCCGAGCAUGUGGCCACCCUGCAGGAGGGCGUCAUAAAGUGCUGUGGGGAUGAAGGCGCCAGGGUGGAGCUACUGGCGGACAAGAAGGGCGGACAGAAGCUGCAAAUUUCAGUCACGGAUGACAACACCUUCUUCAAGAUCAUUCAGGGGCGCGUGAGCGUGACUCUCCCCGGGGGCAAAAAGUGGGUUCUGCACCCCAAGCGCGGGGAGCUGGGCCCCACCACCUACGACCCCAUGGCGCUUGUCGUGGACGGGAUUAACCUUCCCAACCACAUCCGGGCAAGCGACAUUCUGGGUGCAGUCGCCGCUUCUGGAGCGGACAAGGACGACGUGAGUGUGGAGGAGUUCAAUGGGCCCAAUGGGCGCGCCUUUCUCGUUGAGACCUACGAUGAGACGGUUGCCGCGCGAAUCUGGCUUGGUGCAGCUAAUCUGCCCUCUGGGAAGAAGCUGGUUGCAGACCUGGCCUACUUCUGGAAGAGCGACGUGUUGAAGACCCAGAUCCCCAGCCUCGACCAGCGGUCUGCUUUUGACGUGCUGGUCAGGGACAACGGACGUCUCCUGGCCGCAAUCAUGCAGGCCAGGAACCACUUCAAGCGCACGUCCCGCGGCCUGCCAGAGUACAUCGUGGAAGAACCGGAGGAAAAGAAACCGAAGCGCCUGACCUUCAACAACUGA